CAAAACAAUCGUCCAAUGGACGGAAAAAUUGAGCCUCGUUCCUCGCUCAUUAAACGUCAAAUCAUUGUCCGAUCGGGAAAAUGGGCCGACCCCACAAGUUGUUUCAGACCAAGCAACACCACAUGUUUAUUCGAAACAAUAGUACGAGGUGAUAUAACAAGGGUCUUUUUUUCUAUAUCUAUACCAACAACUUCGCAACAAUGGUAGGGAGAAUCAUCCUCCAACUCAACACUCGUUUUCUAUUCUAAGACACUCUUUUUUCUCUUCAAAUCAUUCAGCAUGGUUCACUUCACUUCCGUCUUCGCUGGGCUGUCACUCGUAGCUGGUUCUCUUGCCGCGCCCUCCAAAGAAGGUCUCUUCUCCAAGAUUACCAAGCGGGCUGGUACUCCCAACAGUUCCGGUACUAACAACGGAUUCUUCUACUCCUGGUGGAGUGAUGGCGGUGCCGAUGCUACUUACACCAACGGUGAGGGAGGUUCUUACUCCAUGGAGUGGAAGGAUGGUGGUAACGUCGUCGGUGGUAAGGGUUGGUCUCCUGGAAAAGCUCGAACCAUCUCCUAUGAGGGAGAGUACAAGCCCAACGGCAACAGCUACCUCUCCGUCUACGGCUGGACCCGAAACCCCCUAGUCGAGUACUACAUCGUAGAGUCCUUCGGUACCUACAACCCCUCCAGCGGUGCUACCAAGAAGGGUACCGUUGAGGCUGAUGGCAGCACCUACGACAUCUUCGAGACUACUCGCACCAACGCCCCUUCAAUCGACGGUACUCAGACCUUCCAGCAGUACUGGUCUGUUCGCCAGCAGCAUCGCUCUACUGGUAGCGUUGACACUGGUCUUCACUUCGACGCCUGGGAGAAGGCUGGUAUGAAGCUCGGUACCCACGACUACCAGAUCCUCGCUACUGAGGGUUACUUCAGCAGCGGAUCUUCUCACAUGACCGUUUCUGAGGGGGCUUCUUCCGGUGGAUCUACUGGCGGUGACGCUUCCCAAGGCGGUGAUGCUUCCCAGGGAGGUGACGCUUCUCAAGGUGGAAACGGCCAACAGGGUGAUACCCAGCAGCCUGGUAACGGUCAGCAGGGCGGUGAUGCUUCUCAAGGAGGCGAUGCUUCUCAGGGCGCAAACGGUCAGCAAGGUGGCAACGGAAACUCUUUCCAGCAGCCUGGCAUCUAAGCACAAACCUUCCGAGCAAGAGCCUGGUGCUGUUUGCGCUUCCAUUUACGGACAAUGUGGUGGCCAGAGCUGGACAGAAGCUACCCGAUGUCAUCGGAGUUGCAAAGGGUGCCAGUGGUACCUCCAGAGCUUCAACGACAGGAUCGUCGGUGAUUUGGAGUUAGAGUUGGAGAGACUAUAUUCUUUCAUACCCAUUAAUCCUCGCUCUUUAGUUGGGAAACAGUGGCUUGUAUAUACUUGUUGUAUAAAACUUGUUGACAAUCUAUCCCUAAAACUCGUAGAGAAAAAGAUUCAAG